AAAAUUAUCGAAACAGUUUCACCAGCUGUUAGCGGCGCGUUACGUGACUUCUUCAUUGUUAGAUUGUUAAAUCUGGUAAAAUGAAUCAAGCCGAUGUAACAAAGUUGAUGUCACAGCUGCGCAUUGCUGUAAGGCCCAACAAACGCAACUUAAAAAAUGUGGAUGGCCCGGAAGGGCGACUGCUGAAGCUGCGUAAAACCGUAACGGCACUGGUGAAGCAUGAGCGUAUUGAAUUAUUCUAUAACCGCGCUGAUGAAGCUCGUGGUUACGCCGAAUUGCUCAUUUCAAAUGCCAUAAGACAUGGACACUGUCAUAAAGAUACAUUGGAACUGGCGGACUAUUGGCUCCUGGAGAAGCAACUGGUGCACAAGCUUUUUAAAGUGCUUGUACCGCGCUUUGAGAACUACAAUACGUCCUACACUCGCAUGUACAAAGCCCCUCGGGACUACCCUGGCAUUUACUACAGACAGUCUGUCUUGGAGCUUCGGGGCAAUCCUUACCCUUCACUAACGACGGAUCACUCUCAGAAUCGGAACCUGCUACAUAACGUGCUUCUGGACGAGGCAAGGAAAGAGUUCAGACGCCAAAAACAAUCUCUUUUAUCUGAUUAGUUGUAUUUCUACAUUGGCUACCUCUUAUUUAUAGAUUAGCACAGAGUGUCAGUUAGAAUACAGUUCAAACUUGUAAGCCGUUUUAUUAUAAUGUUUGUAUAUACACAAA